GCUGCUUCACAGACCAGCAGAGACUGACUCGGUGGGAUACGAUUCGGAGUAGCGAUGUCUAAAGUUUGCUGACAUUUGCUUUUGGAAGAAAAGCAGCAUUGAAAGGCAGAAGUUCACUGAGAAGAGUCUGUACCAUACAUUCAGCUUCCUGUCAUUUGUGUGGAGAAUAAUCGACGAGUCGAGGUGGUCGCUGAGGCAGCGGAUUGGACCAUGUCAGAGGAGCUGAGAUUCAGAGGGAGGAAACGAGAAGGGAGGCACAGGGACACAUGGGAUCCAUUUCAGCUGAACCCCGUUGGAGCCGAGAAGGAGCAAAAGAAACGAUGCCUCCUGGUGGCGCAGUACUUGGUGGCUAUUUUUGUUGGGUUGGCAGUUUUGGUCAGCGCUGUUGUUGCCAAGGGCUCCCUCUUAGUCUUGUCAGCACUCUCCAGUCCAAAAUCACUCCGUAAUGAAAAGGACCAGCAGUUCUACAUGCUGAUGUUGGUGUUUUGCCUGGUCUUCCCCAACUUCUUAGUGUUUUUGAAGUCCCUGUGGCGUUGUGCCUUCAAGACAUUYGUGACCCCCAACAUGAARACCAUGGCRUUGAUUUGUGUCAUUGAGAGUUUGGUGUCUCUUGGCACUUCACUCCUGGUCCUGGUCGUUAUGCCUCAGUUUGACAUCCUGACGAAUCUCUUYAUCAGUGGAGGAGUCUGCAUUGUGUCGGCAAUCCUGCAGAUAGUGUUCAGGUUACAAAGGGAGAACUGGAAAAUCCUCUUCCCAAUCUGCUCCCUCUUCCUCACCAGUGCUGGUUACUGCCUCUUGGCAAUGGACUACUACAUCCGUGAAGCGUCGCAUGUGGACCGACAGAAAAAGGACUGCUUUUACUACGUGGGUUUAGGGAUUUUCUCUUCGUUCCUCGUCUCUCUCUGUUGGUGGGAAAACACGAUGCAGGCCAAAAACCGCAUGCAGAAAGCGCUGGCAGAGUUGGACGGCUUCAGGGACUUUGUCUUUGUCAUCAGCAGYAUUUUGAGGAUACUGGUGAUAGGAGCUGUGUACCUGAUCUACCACAGACUCAUGAUCAAAUCUAUYGUGUGGAGUGAUUUUAACCUGGCAAAUGAUGGAGAUAUUCUGCAAAUAGGUCUUGUGCUCUUUUUCUUACAGGCCUUCUGCUCAGCAGCCUGCCAUUGGUUUGGCGUAGUUGCCUGUAAGAUCAAYGCCGUCCGGAUGAGUUUCGCUCUGCCUCUGUGUUGUACUGGCCCAGCAGUGCUGUGCUUGGGCCUGAUACUCUUCCUGACACAUGCAGAACGUUUUGAUCCAGCAAACUCAAACGGGAUUACUACCUUCUGUUUAAAUUUGCAUUUGAUUAAGGACANAAAUGACAAUGCUUUAAAAUGUUUUCUUGUGUUUUUAUCUCAGGCCUUCUGCUCAGCAGCCUGCCAUUGGUUUGGCGUAGUUGCCUGUAAGAUCAAYGCCGUCCGGAUGAGUUUCGCUCUGCCUCUGUGUUGUACUGGCCCAGCAGUGCUGUGCUUGGGCCUGAUACUCUUCCUGACACAUGCAGAACGUUUUGAUCCAGCAAACUCAAACGGGAUUACUACCUUCUGUUUAAAUUUGCAUUUGAUUAAGGACAAAAACACAACUAAUGUUCCUCUGUUGGAGAUGUUCCGGAGCAUCUGCAGGACGUCACUCAACAACUACUACUUCCAAUGGUCUUUUGCCAUGUUGGUGCUGGAGGGAGUGUGCAUGUGGGGUGGAUUUGUCUCAGCUACGUAUUAUGUGUGGAAGAUCAAGGUCCAGCGUAUAGAAAGAACGUCUCAGCUCUUUGUGCGUCGACUCUACGAAUCCGCCUUCAUCGACCUGUCUCUGCUGCUCAACACCAAGAUGAAGCUACCAAAAGCCCAAACAAAUGAGAACCAGGAUGAACUGCAGAACGUUGUGAUCUAUCUCUGCGCCACCAUGUGGCACGAAACCUACGAUGAAAUGCUGAAGAUUCUCACUUCCAUGUUCAGGCUGGAUCGUUAUCGAGGCGAUCCAAAGGAGGAGCACAAGGACAGUUUUGACUUUGAAAGCCACAUCUUUGUUGACGAUGCGUUCAUGACUCAAAAGGAGACAGGGAAAAGGCUGGUCAAUGAAUAUGUGGAAGACCUGAUUCAUGUUGUGACAGAGGUUUACAGAGUKUUCACCAACAAAGAGCCUGACGACGUGUCGAUCAUUGAAACUCCCUACGGCGGGAGGUUAAUGUUUGUCCUGCCUGAGGGCAACAUGCUCUACGUUCACCUGAAGGACAAAAGUCGGAUUCGCAACAAAAAAAGGUGGUCUCAGAUAAUGUACAUGUACUAUCUGCUUGGCUGGAAAGGUUACAUCACCAAGAACCCCCAGAAAAUGCCACGUAUGGAUACCAGCAGAGAAAGUCUGAUCUCUAUGGACGGAGAGAUUUUCCUUUUGCCUCAGUACGACAACGACAACAAGAGAAGRUUCAUUUCAGACGACAACACGUACAUCCUGGCUCUGGACGGAGACACAGACUUCCACCCUAAAGCCGUGGUUCUGCUCGUGGACAGGCUGAGAAUGUAUUACAACGUCGGUGCAGCAUGUGGCAGAAUCCAUCCAACUGGCAUGGGUCCCAUGGUUUGGUACCAGAAGUUUGAGUACGCAGUGGGCCAUUGGCUGCAGAAGACCGCAGAGCACGUGUUCGGCUCCGUGCUGUGCAGCCCGGGAUGCUUCAGUCUGUUUAGGGGCUCCGCGCUGAUGGACGACAACAUCUUGAAGAAGUACACAACAACUGCAACAAGAGGAGCCGAGUAUGUGCAAUAUGACCAAGGGGAGGAUCGUUGGCUGUGUACUUUGCUGCUGCAACAAGGAUGGCGUGUGGAGUACAACGCUGCAUCAGACGCAUACACCAACUCACCACAGGAAUUCAAAGAGUUUUACAACCAGAGGAGACGAUGGGGGCCUUCCACGCUGGCUAACACGCUGGAUCUCCUGCACAGGUCAGUAAUCGUGACAUAUAUGGUCAUUAUUUAUGAGUAAUAUGCAAAAUGUUUCUGUCAGGCGUUAAUACGUCCCUCGCUCUCCAUGUUGUUUUUCCCAACAGGAGCUUUUCAGUUCAUCUUCAGAAUGAAUGGCGCCAUUGCYAUCGUCGUCGCCUGCGUCCCGCCCGUCUUCUACAUCAUCAUCUGCUUUGCAACUAAAGCAAAUACCCAGAUAACCAUCGCUGCCGUCAUGAGCGUUAUAUAYGCGUUUCUWAUGACCGCGGCGUUCUUCUCCAUCAUUGGGGACAUGGUGGUGCAGGGCACGUUUCUGACCCCCACUGGUGUGUUUUUGGUCUCGAUGGCGAUUAUGUACUUGGUGACGGCCAUAUUGCACCCACAAGAGUUUGGGCUGAUUAUCUAUGGUAUGAUGUACUUCAUCUGUAUCCCCAGUGGAUACCUCCUGCUGACCAUCUACUCUCUGGUGAACAUGAACAAUGUGUCUUGGGGAACAAGAGAAUCCAAGGAAGAAGGAGAGCAGAAGAAAUCUCAGAGCGUUUUGUGCAACAAAGACUGCAGGCUCUGCUGCUGGGACAUGAACAUAAAGAUAUCCCAGGAAGCAGAAAACCCCAUGCUUCAGCAGAUCACAAGUUUYGCCACACAGAAAGCGCCUCUCCUUCAAAUCACCAAAAAUGAAACGCAGCMGCAGGCCGCCUCAAACCCGGAGCCUCAAGACAAACCUGAACUCAUCACAGAGAAAGCCGCAGAAGCUAAAACUCCUCUAGCUGACCAAAACAAAAAGGCACCACUGAAAGACAAGGAAGAUUCAUCCUCUCAGAGUGAUGACAGUGACGAUGAUGAGAAAAAGAGCAUAAAGUCUGAUUCCUCUUACUCGUCCGAUGAAGACGAUGAUGACUUUAUGAAUGCAGACUUGGAGGAAAUGGAAGACAUCCCUGUCAGCGACUGGGUGGAGCCUGUAAAGGUAGAGUUUCUGAAGAAGUUAACUUAUUUCAACAUGAAGAGAAAUCUGCAGGCACAAAUCCGAUACACACUCCGCCACAAAAAUCAGGAAGAUGUGGUUGAAGACCUGAUCCUGAUGUUGACGGACACGCUUAAUAUAAGACUCAGCAAAGCUGGACCCGAGGACAUUUUGGAACAAGCUGAGAUUGACGAGUUGCAGCACGAACUGACCAAUCAGGCUCGACACAUCCUGAAGAAUAAUAAAAUGAUGAAGUUAGAAAAGAGAGUGAAACGAGCCAUAGAGAAAACCCUCAGUGCCCCACAAAUUCAAAGACUGGAUGAGGGUGAGAAGGACUUCUGGGACAAGCUGAUCGAACGAUAUCUGACACCGAUAAGUGAUACAGAGGAGCACAAGAAGCGAGUGGGCAAAGAACUGAAGUCGCUGCGAAACAAGUCGGUCUUCCUGUAUUUCAUCAUCAACGUUCUCUGGGUGGUAGCAACUUUCUUCCUGCAGCUCAUCGGAAACGACAUCAUCAGCAUCAAGAUUCCCAAGUUUUCAGAGGAGAAAAAUGAAACAGAAUACCUAAAGGUGGAGCCUCUCAGUUUGAUGUUCCUGUUUUCCUUUGCGAUUCUUCUUMUCGUCCAGUUUGUGGCCAUGUUGUAUCACAGGGUCUACACUCUGAUCCAUGUGGUUUCCUACCGUGGCACAGAGAAGGACUACAAAGAGAGAGAGCCGGAGGAUGAAGAGGAGGAGGACCAGACCGUGGAGAACCAUUACGCCGUUUCUCUCCACAGUGAGGACUUCCAGCUGUAGCACAAGAAACGAAUACCUCUCCUCAUGCAUUUCUUCCAUUCUUCCUUUAUAUCUUCCACCAUUCACAAUGCAUUACAGCCAUCUUUGAUCAUACUCCAGAGAAGCUA